AUGGAAUCGAAACCCGUUCCCGCGAAACUGAUCAACGCCACGCCUCCAUAUGGACAUAUUAUCAUUAAUGAGAAAUGGGGGGGCUCAACACUUGUGCAUUGUUUUAAAGGGAGUGUGAAGAUGAUUUUUGAAGAUGAGCUGGGUGUUGUGGACUUCUGUCUGAGCAAUAAGACUUGUGUCCUAUAUGUGUCAGAGAGUGAUCAGGUGGUGGGAAACAGCUACAGGAGGAAGAUCGUGCGAUUUAGAAAUGCUAACAGUGGUCUUCACGGUAUUGUGAUUGUGGAAAAGACUCAUCUGAGUGAGCAGUACUUCAGCAGGCUGCAGAGGUUUAUAGUUUUGGAGUUGGGUCUGACUCUACUGCCUGUGUCCACUGCUGCUGAAGCCGCUCAGCUCAUUGCACAGCUGGUUCUUGGAGAAAACAAGGAGAACCCAUUCCGAAGGAGAAGUGUAUCCAGACUGCUGGAGCCAGUGGUGUUGAGUUUGGUUCAGCAGUUACCUGGGGUUGGAAAGGUGAAGGCCAUGCUGCUGCUACAGCGAUUCCCCAGCAUCCAUCAGCUCUGCGGAGCUUCAGUUCAAGAGCUAGAGCCUAUAGUGGGACAGACAACAGCCCAGCACAUCACAGCGUUCCACAAUCAGUCCACAUCAAAGACUCCAUUGAAACACUGA